AUGCAGCGCAUAAGAUUGAUGCUAAACCAUGCUGCUGCAGCAGCGAUUCAGCACCUGCGUCCUUUGUCCAUCCACUGGAGUUUGGCCCAGAAUCAAAAGACGGUGGGUGGAAGCCCAGGAGAAAGUAGAGCCAGAGACACCCGGAGUCCGAAGGCAAGUGUCCAGAAAAUCACCCUCAUCCAACAGAAUCAGUCGAUGAGCAUCACCACGUUGGAGGAGGCCCAGAAGCUGGCCAAACGACGGGAGCUGCACCUGUUGCGCUUGGAACAAACAGAUGCCAAAACGGGAAGGGCCAUGUUCAACUAG